AUGAGUAUGCAACCUACCUCCCUUGCAGCAAUUUCAUGUACUAUAUUUGAAGACUUGCUUCGGGAUUACACUCAUGAACUGACCCAAAAGAUUCAUAGGAUGAGUAAGCUUGCGUUACAAAAGUGUGAAAGAUGCAAUACCUAUUGCCGACAACAUUGUACCAAACCAGGCUUUGACAUUUACGCAAACAACAUACAAACACCCUCUAGUAUACCUUACUAUCAAUGCCUUUCUUGCCGGCGUGAAAUAGCUGCUUCUCGAUAUGCAGCACAUAUGGAAAAAUGCAAAGGUCGCUCACUUUCAUCAGCUACUUCUUAUGCUAGUCUUCUUGAUGGAGACAGUGCUAAUGACGACGAAUAA